GCAGGAAUGCUUUGACGAUGGCAAUGAAUUUUGUAUCAAUCAAGAUGAUAUACUUUCUGUGGAUCUUUUACCUGGUUCGUUUUUGUUUAAUGAUCAAUAUCAAAACAAUAAUGUUUCCAAGUCAGUGACAAAUGAAACCGUGGAUGGAUCUUACAAUAAAGCGUUAAAUCAAAUGGAUUAUCAUAGAAAAAGAAUGAAUGAGUAUCUUUGUCACGGUUAUAUGGCGGAAGAAAUCUUCAAGGAAGUGAGCACUCCUAGAGUGAAACGACGUCCUGAAUCUUUGCCACACGAUAACGUACAUAACUUUAUAGACAAUGUUACAAUACACGAUAAACUUUUGGCGGACGAAGGAAGUUCGAAGUAUAAAAAUUGGCUUCAAAGAACGACAACGUUAGAUGAUAUCUAUCGACACUAUGCACCCCAUAAAAAAUUAAAAAAGAAACAGGAUGUCCGGGAAGAUGACAUUGAUGAGUUCGAUGGUGAUGUGACAGGAUUCGCGAUGCAAGCUCCUGCAAAAAUGGGUUUCUACAGACCAUCUCAUGAAGGUGACAGGUCGUCGUCGUCGUCGGAGCAUUCUUACCAUUAUGGACCUACAUUCGGUCACCAUCAUAGCGACUAUGGACACCAUAGCGAUCAUUUCUUUCCAUCGAUCCACGAGGAAUACUAUUACGGACAUGAUGAAGAAGAUCAUAAGCCCUCCUAUUCCAAGGGAAAGGAGCUUUCGAUCAAAGAUUUUUUCGAAAUCGCGCUCACCGCACUUGCAUUCUUAGCUUUCGGUCUGUUUAUCAUUCAUCUGCUGCUAAAUGCCACGAGCAACAGUGGCAUGAUGAUGACUACUAGACGUGCCAAGAGAAACGCACUUCCUCUUUCUUUAUCCUCCACUAGCAACGAGGAUUUGAAUGACCUAUCUUAUCGCGUUCUAAGAUCCAUCGAAGCAAUUAUGAUCGCCGAAGAAGACUCUGGCAAUUGUCUGCGCAGAAUAUUGUGCGAAGAAAAUCAAUAUUCGAAGGAAACCAACGACGGUCGUAGAAUUUGGGUUCCCGUUUGGAGCUUGGGCAUGAGUUGGUUAUCAGGCAGAGUUCUACAUAGGACUCCAUGGUCGGCAAUGUUGGAUUCUGUGAAAGCAUCCAUUCUAGGCUUGGGCGGAAUAGAUUGUGCCUCUUUUUACCCAGGAUGUGAUCUCGAGAAAGAAAGGAUUGAAAGACGUCGCAGGAGAAAGAAAUAA